AAUAUGCCGAUAAAUUUACUGUGAUAAAUGUGAAAUGAGCUUGAAAAAAAUUUGUUCUCGGGGAGACGAACCGUCUCCUUUGAAGACAUCUGACCCCCGGAUCAGGGAAUAUCCACGAUCAUGGGGAGGGCUCUCUCGUGGAGGUUAUCAUCAACAGCGUGCAACACAUGGGGCACAUACUCUCGUCAUCCAUGACGGACAAUUAGCGGAACUUUUUCAUCGUAGGAGGGUGCUCCAAAUGGUUGCAAAAUCUCCCCAGUUCUUGAUGCAGCAAAGGAGAAAACGAAUGGGACUGCCACCGUUGGAUUAUCGGAAAAUAUGGGAAAAAGAAGAUAAGCGAUUUCUACGACGGUCUUUGAAUGAUUGGAAAUGUUGCAUUGAAGAACCCAAAUGGACAGAUUCUUCAUCAGAUGAAGAUGAUGAAAACAAGAGAAGAAAGCGAAAGAAUAAUGUGACAUCCAAAAAAUCAUCAGAUUUAACUUUAUCCAGUGGUCCAUUCCUUGCAAAGUUACUAACAAAAUGGAGAACCCCCAAACCACUCCCACCAGGCACCCACCCAGACCCAUUGGAGGACAUACUGAAAUAUACAAAGAAAAACGUCAUUGAACCACCGCAGCACAAGUCCAGUAAUGAGCAGAAGAUUAAGUCAUCCUCCUCCUCAUCUUCAUCUUCAUCUUCAAAUUCAUCAAUAGAGGCUAUUGUUGCAAAACAAGAAUCUGCUGCGUUAAAAAAGUUGAGAGACGGAUCUCCGUCCUCUUCUUCCGAUAGCUCAGAUGCAGGAAAACUUCUACGAACGACUAAGCAUAGGCGCAAAAACUCUCUUAGUUUAUCCUCAAGCUCAUCGGAUGAUUAUAAUGCCAGACACCAAAAGAUGGCAGAGAAACCAACAUCAAUUAGUUCACCUUCAUCCCCCUCGGAUACCGUUAUUAAAAAGGUUACAGAACACAAGACUAUGGCUCCACCCAAGGCUGCAAGCGCACCAAUUUCUCGAAAUGAAGAACCCCCAUUUGUAGUACCACUUUACUCAGUAAGUGCUCCUAUUCAUCUGUCAAAUCAUUCUAUACCCGAAGAAACUAACAACAUUCCACCCCCAACAACUCGAACUUUGCAUACAACUCCCCCAGAUAGUCACUCUUCCAGCAGUAGCAGUGAUUCAGAUGAGGUUGUCAAGAAAGUUGUGACUACGGCUAUCCCUAAACACCCUUCUUCAAGUUCUUCAUCAAGCUCGUCUUCACUUGAAGUUACUAAACAAGUAGUGAAAAAGCGACCAAUUCCUGCAACCCCUUUGAGCUCUUCUUCAGGCUCGUCAUCGGAGAAAGUUUUAAAAAAGACUGUGAACAGACCACCCACUCCACAGUCAACCUCGAGCUCCUCUUCAAGUUCCUCAGAGGAAAUUGUAAAGAAAGUUGUGAACACGAAGCCCAUUGCGCCAACACCGAAACCUCCAUCGACCUCGUCUUCAAGUUCAUCUUCAUCGGAGGAGAUUGUUAAGAAAGUUAUAACCACAAUUCCGCCAACCCAGACUUUGAAAUCUCCGUCAAGCUCUUCUUCAAGUUCGUCGGACGAAAUUAUAAAGAAAGUUGUGAACACGAAGCCCAUUGCCCCCACACCAAAGUCUCCGUCAAGCUCGUCCAGUUCGUCAGAGGAAAUUAUAAAGAAAGUUGUAAAUACAAAGCCCAUUGCCCCCACACCAAAGUCUCCUUCAAGCUCGUCAAGUACGUCGGAGGAAAUUAUUAAGAAAGUUGUGAACACGAAAUCCAAUGCACCUCCACCGAAACCUACGUCGACCUCAUCUUCAAGCUCAUCUUCAUCGGAGGAGAUUGUUAAGAAAGUUAUAACCACAAUUCCGCCAACCCAGACUUUGAAAUCUCCGUCAAGCUCUUCUUCAAGUUCGUCGGACGAAAUUAUAAAGAAAGUUGUGAACACUAAGCCCAUUGCCCCCACGCCAAAGUCUCCGUCAAGCUCGUCAAGCUCGUCGGAGGAAAUUGUAAAGAAAAUUGUGAAUAAGAAGCCCCCUGCACCGAAACCUCCGUCGACCUCGUCUUCAAGCUCAUCGGAAGAAAUUGUAAAGAAAAUUGUCAACAAGAAAUCCAUGCCCCCUGCACCAAAAAUUAUAUCAUCGCCGUCUUCAUCUUCGAGUUCGUCUGAAACAAUCGUGAGAAAGGUGCGACAAGUCCAAGUGAAAAGACCAACUGUUAAACAACCAAGUUCAUCAUCGUCAAGCUCCUCUCCAGAGGAUACCGUCAUUAAGAAAGUUGAAAGAAGGGUCGUUACGAAACCAUGA